AUGUCCGAGGUUCCUGUCAUUUCUUCGCCUCCCUCCACCAGCCAAACCCUUUCUCAGAAUUCUGGCACUUUCUGUUUCUCUCUAUAUAUCUUUCUCUCUCUCGCGCCCUUUUUUAUUGCCUCCUUUUCUCUCGCUAUUUCUAUUUUAUCCUCUCUCUUUACCCUUCUCUCUGCUUCACCUCUGUCUUUUUCUCUUUUUUCUACCAACUUUCCUUCGUUUCGCAUUCUCUCUUUCUUAACAUAUCUCUUUUUCCUCUUUCUCUCUCUCUCUCUCUCUUUCUCUCCUCUCUGUUUCUAUUUCUAUAUCUUUCUGCAUCUCACCCUUUUUAUUAUCUCUUUUUCUCUUGAACUUUCUAUUUUAUUUUUCCUCAUUAACCCUCUCUCUCUCUCUCUCUCUCUCCGAUCCCUCUCUCUUUCCCCUCUGAUCUCUCUCAUUCUCGUUACCAAUCUCCAUCACUCUAUCUUCCCCCCCCAUAAUUCUUGCUCUCUCUUAUUUUCUCUCUUUCCCUCCCCAUUCUCUUUCUUCUUUUUAGCUCCUAGCUUUCUCUCUCUUAUAUUUCGACUUUCUCUCUCUUACUUUUUCCCUCUCUUGCACAUUGACCAUUUCCUUUUAUUUUUCUCUCUUCCUCCCCCUCUCUUAUGA